CACUAUGAGAUCCCUCACGCGAUGGGACCAUGGCAGGAUGAAACAGCGUCAACAUUGGCAUAGGUCGAGUCUGUGCCAUAUUUCCCCUACCUGAGAAGCACGCCUUUCCAUAUUCCGUCGCAGCCUGCAUACAAUAGUCGGUAGUUGGCCUGGACUGUGCCAAUCAUACCAGCCGAGCUGGUGGCUGAGGACGUACUGAAUGGUUUUCGCAUUCUUUUACGAGAUACGAAUCUAUGUUUCUGUUUCUGGCCCGUGUUCGCAUAUUAUACCUAUCUCGCUUUCGUCUUUAGUUCUCGGUAAGCUCCAAACAUGGUAUGGGGUGCAGCUAUUCGGACGUCUACGUUAGCGUCAAGAUGUCCUUGGACGGCUCAGACCAUCCUAAGAGCAAUUACCCCGUAGCAUUGGUACAAAAGGACCAUAAUGCGCUCAAACCCCCGGGGUAGCAACAGGCGACUGACACCUCCUUUCCCAUAUACACAUUCUUCACGAUAUGCUUUCAAUCAACAACCUCGUCGUGGUUACCUGCAUUCCGACUGUCUGCUGGACUCUCCUCCGGACCUACACAACUACUUUACAGCCCGCAAGCUUGGAUUUCCCAUAAUAGUCGUUCCAGUUUAUCGGGAUGAUUGGUGGUGGAUUGUCACAUUCGCCAGAUUCAAUUGGAUCCGCCACAUACCAGUGGUAGGAUAUUGGCUUCCUCGUCGAGGUCAUGCAUGGACAUUACAGGAUCGCUAUCUCCCGCAUCGGAAACAUGGCGACGCUUUCACGAUAGUGUCUCCAACCAGGGUGGAAGUCAUCAUCAACGACCCAGCCGUUGGCGUCGAGGUCCAGUCUCACUACAAGGCCUGGCAGAAGCCUCGAUCUCGCUACGAAGUGUUCGACCUGUUUGGCACGAACGUGCUCAGCGUUAAUGGCGAAGACUGGCAGCGGCAUCGAAAGAUCAUCAAUCCUGCCUUCCGUGAACAGAAUUAUAAAUUGGUAUGGGCGGAAUCCAUAAAACAAGCUGGCCAAAUGCUGGAUACAAUCGGUCGCCAACUUGAUAUGUCCAUCACUCUGCUCGACGUCCGCAAUCACUGUGUCAUAAUUGCCAUGCAUGUCCUUUCGGCCGCUGGAUUUGGCCAUGCCCAUGAUUUCGACGGUGGAUUUCGAGGUGUCUCCGCCGGUCAUACAAGAAGCCUUGCAGACACGCUGAUGUACCUACUGUCCAACCUUCUCUGGACGGUGCUGUACAUGAAAUACAACUGGUUAGGCUACGGGAAUCCAACCAGAUACAACGAAGUCAUGGGUGUAAGCAAUGAGUUCCGACAGUACAUGAAAGAGAUUCUCGCAUAUCACCGAGCUACAACUCAAGCUGGUGGUGGUGGACAAAGCGCCGACAUUGUCAGUGCUCUGGUCGAGGCCAACGAGGCUGCGAAGCGAGAGGAGAAGGCGUCCAGCCUGCGACCAAUGCAUCUGACCGACCAAGAACUUCUCGGCAACCUCUUCGUCUUCAACCUGGCGGGAUUUGAGGCGACAGCCAAUGCGCUGACUUAUACGAUUCCACUGCUCGCCGCUAACACGGCUGUCCAAGAUUGGGUGGGUGAGGAAGUCGAUGCAGUGUACAAGGACGGCGAGCAGCCAGACUACGAGGACGCUUUCCCUUCAUCAGUCAGAGUUCAGGCACUGAUGUACGAGACAUUACGACUCUGGGGACCUAUCACGGACGCACCGCGCUGGACCUCGAGCGAGGCUCAAAUCCUCCGCAUCCAAGGCCGCGAAGUGCUGAUUCCCCCAAACACGUACGUGACGACAAACUUCUCCGGCAUUCACAGCGACCCGCGGUGGUGGGGAUCCGAUUCGUUGACAUGGCGGCCACAGCGAUGGAUCGAACUCGAUCUUACAACUGGGAAGGAAUCGAUCGCUGCUCCACCUGAUGGGGCGGCUUACAUGGCAUGGAGUAUCGGCCCACGGGUCUGUCCAGGCCGCAAGUUCAGCCAGGUCGAAUUGGUCGCUGUCAUUUCGUUAAUGCUUAGCCGGUACCGGCUCAAACCACUUGUCAUUGAAGGCAAAAUGACGUCCGAAGCACACGCAAAACAAGAGUUGCUAAAUGUCGUCAACGACUCGAUGCUUGUUGUCACGCCGAGGUUUCGGAGACCACAGGAUGCCGGCGUGGUUUUCAUAUAGCGACGAGGUACGAAACUUUAUAGGUCGCUGGGACCAGGAAGCCGACUCCCAAAGAAACUGCGACCAAGGAGACACCCCUCAACAGUGGAGAGUGCAGGAAUUGGCAGAGACAGAAUGAGAACAGAAUGAGAACAGAAUGAGAACAGAAUGAGAACAGAAUGAGAACAGAAUGAGAACAGAAUGA